UAAUGCAUCUUUCAAACGAGAUAAAACCUUGAUCUUAAGCAGUUGACAUUGUCAUAGAUGAACAAUUCUUACAGCAUCGUUCGAUUUCCUUCAUCGGUGAUUCGUGACACUGGUUUUGUGUUCCCUUUUUUUGUUAUUCAGAUGUGGAUAUGAUAUAUGAUGAUAUGACUUUGAAAAGAAGAUAUUUAAAUAUUGCAACCACCCGUGGAUUUGGACCGGUCCAUUUUUGUAAAUAUAUACCGUACCUUUCGGGUGAGAUUUUAAUAGCCUGCUGCUAUAUCUCAUUGAUUUAGCCUUAUUAUAGUUUUCAAUUAUUUUACACGGAUAUAUUGCAGAAGUUUCAAUUUUAUGGUAACGAUAUCAUUACUUAGUUCAUUUGGAUACUCGAAGACAGAACUAUUCAAGAAAGCAUUUGUAAUGAGUCCACUUCCUGAGCCAGAUCCAAGAGUUUUGUCAACGGAUGAAUAUUUUGAUGGAAUAAAAGUGAGAGUAUACAGACCUUCAGCAUCUAAAGAUAAAGUUCUACCUGCUAUGAUCUACUAUCACGGCGGAGGAUGGGUUUAUAUGUCUGUCGAUGCCUACGAUCCAUUAACAAAAGCCAUUUCACUUCAAGCAAACAUUGUUGUCAUUUCAGUUGAGUAUAAACUUAUGCCGGAAUACAGAUUUCCAAGUCAGUUGGAAGAAUGUUUAAAAGUAACAGAAUAUGUGUUCAGAAAUGCUGAAAAAUACCGAAUUGAUCCCUCUAGAAUAAGCAUAGGAGGUGAUAGUGCUGGGGGUAAUUUAGCAGCAGCCGUUGGUUUAAAGUUUUCACAAGAACCAAAAAAGAAUUUAGCGAAGAUAAAGGUACAAGUAUUGUUAUAUCCAGUUUUACAAGCGCUUGAUUUUAAUCUUCCAUCCUACAGAGAGUAUGCUGAUUUAUCUUGCGUGUCUAUCUUAAACAGAGUAGAUAUGAUUAACUAUAUCAAUAUGUAUGGAUUUCAAGAUCAAGGAACCUUGGAAGCCAUUUCUCAAAACAAACACGUGUCACAGAAAACACUACAAACAUACAGAAGUUUAGUUGACCCGGGUUUACUUCCGGUAGAGCUACAGAAAAGAGGCGGAACUAACCCAAAACAAUCAGAAACAAAUACAACGUUAUCAGACGCCGUUCGUGACAAUGUAAUUAAUCCCUAUGCAUGGCCUCUAAUGGCUACAGACGACGCAUUACGUAAAUUACCGAAGACAUAUGUGGUAGUCACAGAGUAUGACCCGCUAAGAGAUGAAGGACUCAUAUUUGCAGAACGCCUAAGAAGACUUGUUCCAGAAAACAUUGAACUAAGUUACUUGACUGGAUUAGAGCAUGGCAUUCUCAGUUUAUAUAAUUACAAAAGUCAUUCUUCGACUUUAGAUACGUUAGUUGAUUAUCUUAAUCGAAAUCUGUAAACUUUAACAAUAUGAACAAAUCUAUGAUUGAGUGAAUGUCACAAUUAUCAUCGAUCUUAACGUUACAAUUUCAUCAAACAUGUUUUACAUUUUGUUUUUACUUUAUAAUAAAUAUUUAACCAGA